AUGGUUCAAAAAAAUGAAGGACCAUGUUCAGUCCAAAAUUGUGAUACUAAAACAGGAUCCUAUGCUCUUUAUAAUUAUUUAAUAAUUGGGCAACAAUUAUGUUAUAACUAUUAUAUGCGUAUUGUUAAGCCUGAUAAAUACAAAAAGUAG